CGGAGGGCUCCGCGGCGAGCGCGGCUCCCAGGCGCCCGAGGGCGCGCCGAGGUCCGCGGCAGGCUCCGCCCCUGGCUUCUUCCCCCCCGAUGUUUCUUCACAUUUUGACCUGAAUCAGACAUGGCAAACUUCUCAGAACAUAGGACAUUAGGGGUGUGAAGGCCAAGAAAAGAAAACAUGGAAACGUUCUGAGAGACAAAGAAAAACAUCCCACCUGAAACUGAACAACUGCCGAGUGAAAUGCUGAGAAUGGCCAGUAAGGACAACUGAGAACACUGAUAAACACUUCUGAAGACUUAUUACACUAUGACAAAAACAAGAAGUUUGCGAACCAAGAAUUUCAUCUGUGUUUGUAUCUGUAUAAUAACCUUCUACCACAGUGUGGUUCCUUCUGUGGAAAAUGGAUAUACGGCAGACUAUUCAAAGAGGUUCCUAGAGGCUGUUCCUAAGAACCUCCCAGCAGAUACAAUGGGGUUGGAUUUGUCACAAAACAGUAUCUGUGAAGUUGGGACUUCUGAUUUUAAUUAUCUUUCCAAAUUGCGCAUAUUAAAACUGGCUCAUAACUGUAUCAGAGACAUCGAUUUCAGUAUUUUCCAAAACAACAAGAAUUUAGAAUACUUAGAUUUAUCCCACAACAAACUGUGGACUGUUUCUUGCUAUCCUAUUAUGAAUCUUAGGCAUUUAAAUCUCUCUUACAAUAAUCUAUCCAUGCCCAUGUGCUCUGAGUUUAGCAAAAUGUUGAAAUUGGAGUAUCUUGCCAUUGGCACUAGAAGGAUACAGAAAUCAGAUUUCAGUGUUCUUGCUCAUUUACAACUGGAUACUUUGUUCUUGGAUCUGGAAAACCUCUCUGAAUAUAAAGCUGAAAAUCUGUCAAUGUUCAAUGCCAAGAACCUCCAGAUCGCACUCCCCCCAAAUAAAGAAUUCCAUAUUGUCUUGAAUCUAGAACUCAGUAGUACAGUAGGAUUAGAACUAUCAAACGUGCAAGAUGACCACGUCAAUGACUUGAACACCAUUCUGCGUAAGCUCAGUAAAAACGUAAGGCUGCGAAACUUAACACUGAGUCAUAUGAAAACAUCCUUGGGAAAUGUUGUUGACCUUUUUCAGAAUGUUUGGAAAACCACCAUUGAGUAUUUCAAUGUAUAUUACCUCACCAUUACACAAUUAAGGCUAAUUCCUCCAAUUCCUGAUUAUGCUGAAAAUUCAUUAAGAGCGUUGACAAUUAAACACGUAAUAAUCAAAGAAACAGAAUUUAACCAGACAGAAGUGUACAAAUUAUUUUCAGAGAUGAAGAUUUCAGCCUUGACAGUUUCUAAUGCAACUGCAAUACAUAUGCUGUGCCCUUCAAAGCCCAGUCGUUUUACCUAUUUAAAUUUUUCUUAUAAUAGUAUAACAGACACGCUUUUUGAAGAGUGCGAUAACCUAGCUCUCCUUGAAACACUUAUUUUACAUGUGAAUCAAUUUAAAAAAUUUACCAAAGUGAGUUCAAUGACCAGCCACAUGAAGUCUCUGAAAUAUUUGGACAUGAGCCAGAAUUUAUUGCAAUACGAAGACCAUGAGAAAGGAUGCAGUUGGGGUGAAAAUCUGGUUGAACUCAAUUUGUCAUCGAACCUGUUGUCUGAUUCAGUCUUUCACUGUUUGCCAGUUAAUAUCCAAAAGCUCGAUCUACAAAACAACCAGAUUUCAAGUAUACCCAAAGAGAUGGUUGAGCUCAGAGCUUUGGAAGAGCUGAACUUGGCUUCUAACAGGCUAACUGAUCUGCCGGGAUGUGGCCAGUUUAGCAGUCUGAGAUUACUGAACGCCGCAAUGAAUUCAAUAUUCACGCCAUCUUCUGAAUUCUACCAUACCUGCCAGAGCAUCAGAGAGGUAAAAGCAGAACACAACCCGUUCAUGUGCUCCUGUGAAUUAAGAGUGUUCAUUAAUCUUAGAAAACAAGGAAUGGUGGAACUGGUUGGCUGGCCGGAGUCUUACCUAUGUGAAUACCCAGAAUACUUGAGAGGAAUCCAGUUAAAGGACUUCCACAUCUCUGAGCUUGUCUGCAACACAACACUUUUGGUUGCCGUAGUUCUCGUCAUUUUAGUGGUCUUUGCAGUUAUCAUUUCCUUUCUGUGUGUCUAUUUGGACGUCCCUUGGUACUUGACGAUGAUGUGGCAGUGGACUCAAGUGAAGCACAGGGUUUGGAAGAAUAAGCCUGAAGACAUUCAUGACAAUAUAAUAUUCCAUGCUUUUAUCUCGUACAGUGAGCGUGAUUCCGACUGGGUGAAGAAUGUCUUGAUUCCAAACUUGGAGAAGGAGGAUGGUUCCAUACGGCUCUGUCAACAUGAAAGGAACUUCAUUGCCGGCAAGAGCAUUGUUGAGAAUAUCAUAGACUGCAUUGAGAAAAGUUACAGAUCCAUCUUUGUGUUGUCUCCCAAUUUUGUGCAGAGUGAAUGGUGUCACUAUGAGCUCUACUUUGCCCAUCACAAGCUAUUCAGAGAAAACACCAACAAUUUAAUCCUCCUCUUGCUAGAACCAAUCCCAACACAUAUCAUUCCUGUCAGGUACCACAAACUAAAAGCUCUCAUGGCCAAGAGAACGUACUUGGAAUGGCCUAAGGAGAAAAGCAAGCAUGGACUCUUCUGGGCGAAUCUUAGGGCAUCUAUUCAUAUUAAACUUACAUCUAGCAAAGCAGUGAAUGAGUUGCAGAUAUAUAGUCAAUUGAAUUAUUAAUUAACAAGAUUAUUCCAGAUGAAUAAAAGUAUUAUAUAGAGCAGGAUAUGGUAACACCCAUUACUGUGCAAAUUGGACACAAUGAUUAGAACAGUUAAGGAGAGAAACAGAGAAGCCUCGAAAUUGGUAGAAAAGAAAUGAUGUCAGUUUGUUUGAACAGAUGUCUGUCUGAACAGAUGUUAUCUCAGAUAUCUCCUAUAAAUCUUAAGCGGGAGGAUCUCUCUUGUUCCUCAGUAACUCAAUGCAAAAAACAUCUGGCUAAACUGAUUUAUGCCAGAGAUAGGAGCUAAACCCAUUUUAAUGCUCGAAGGACACGCUCUCCACUUGCCUUGGGCCUUCUCUCUAAGGGUAAACUCCCUUCUUAUUUAGACUCUUUGGUUAGCCCAAAGUUUUGUAGAACCUUUAAUCACUCACGGUUCAAUUGCCCCUUUUCAAUGGUAUUAUUGUAUUGUCCGUUAAGGAUCCCUUGUGCCCCUGCCCCCUUCAGUCAGUCAAUUCUCUUGUACAUAUUCUCUUGCAAUGUCCUUAUGUGUCUCAGUCUAUGCUAAAAUGGAUUAUACCAUGCUUUGAUAAAUGGAUUAUGCUUCCUCUAGGGACAUUAGAGCAAAGGAUUCAAUACCUCGUAGGGGAUUCUGAUCCUAAAUGUAUUUAUUUUGUUGCUCAAUUUGUAGAGGCCACAGAGAAGUGUGGAAGGGAGAUGUUUUUAGAUACGGGCUUUAAGUUUUUCAGUUUUAUUGUUCAAGACUUUGGUCGAAGAACAGGGGGAUGAAAAGAAAGAUACAUAGAUUCAGCCUGCGCCUUAUAGAUGAAGUCACCAGCGGCUGUAAUCUGAAAAGCCCCUAGAGACAAUUUACUAAAAUUCCUUGUUUAUGCCACCCCCUUGAGGACAUCCUCAUUAUUUAUAAUAAAAUAAAUAGAUAAAUAAAUAAAUCCUCCAUGUCUUCUUCAGAUUGUGCACAAUUGCUGGUGUUCAAGUAUGUUCCCAUUCAACUCAGAUGAACUGCAACUGAGAUGCAUGUGAGAUGCAUGGCAUUGCUUGGUGUGGUGAACCUUUCCAGCAGGGCUGUUUUUGUGCGUGCGUGCGUGCAUGCGCGUGCCAAAUAGGAUCGUUUAAUGGAAAUUUGGUGCCAUCUGGUGGUGAUUGCUAUACUCUUCUACUUCCCUGGUAAUUUGGCUAUUGAUGACUUUCUCAGGAAGCAAGAGGGAAAAUGUAUAUUGCUUGAGUUUAAUAUGGACCACGUAUAAACAUUUACUAUGAAUAGCUGUUUAUGCAGAAUUGACUUAGGUGCAGAAACCAAAAGUAUUGGAAAGGGCAUGUAUAAUGAAAACACAGCACUGCAUGCCUCUUCCAAGUUUUUUAGCAUAAGCAAGAUUGUAUAACAACUUGGAUCUACAGCCAAUUUUAAGUUACUUAAAAUUUUAAGUAACUUAAAAUUUCUUACUGGUACUGUUCUUUCUUGGAGGGGGGUCAAAGCAAAAGAUGGGAGAUCUCACUUCACUCACUUGUUAAUUCGUACGCUGUACAGGCUUACUUUCACCCCUGGCUGUAGCAACCCCCUCUUCUCUUUAGCUAUGAACACUUGGAAGAUGGAUGCUGGGAGAGCGAUUUGGUACAAAAACUGAAACUCUACAGGCCACAUGGCAUCAAAACACAUUUCCUGAACUGUUACACAUACGAGUCAAAGGUAAUGCUUGUAUCAGUUACCGCUUGGACUUGAUUGGCCUUUGGAAUCUAGUUUUAUUGCCUCAUUUACUGCCUGAGUUAUACUGUUUUAUAGUAUUGUGUUUUUCAAAAUGUAACCCAUCUUGAGUCUCAGCCAGAAAGGCAGGACUAUAAAUGAAGCAAAUAGACAUAGGAAAAAAGCUUUCAUUGUCUGUCAGCUCUGCCCCCCCCCCCGCAGCAGCUCUCCCCAACAUAACAACACCUUCUAGUGUUACAAACUCCUGAGACCUGGGAACCCUAAAGCCAGCUAAUUAUUAAUUAAUUAUUACAGUUAAUACUGUAUUAACUACUCAACCGGAAAAAGCCCAAUGUAGUGAUUUUGCUUAAACUCGCCUUGGACAUUUAUUACUUAUGUUAGCUUAAGCUUUUACCUCAGGAAAGCCUUGAUCCCAACCAACACUUGUUUCCACUCACAAAAUGCUCCAGGUAUUUUCUAUCUUAUCUAGGCUUAUACUUUACCACUACACCAAACUGGCUCUCUUAAAAAGGGAGGAAGUCAUGGAGGAGGAAAGAAGUUUUUAUCAAUGGCAAAAUGGAACUUCCAGAUGCAGAGGCAGUGUAUCAGUUAUCCUACCAAAAAGUGUAUUUUCAACUCUCUGUGUUUACAGUAUGAUGCAGGAAAGCCUAGCAAAAGAAAGAGAGCUCCCCAGGCCUUCAAUAAUGAACUUUCCUUCAGUAUUGUAUAAUACUGGCCACACUGCAGGCAGACAGACAGGCUCUUCUCCAACAAGGGAAGAUGCUUCUCCUCUACCAUCUGCUGAAUCUCCUUACUCUAUUCUAGUUCCAAAAGCCUAAGCAGAAGUUUCCCUAUACCCUAUAUGUGCCAUCACUGCAGUAUUUUUAUUUUUGAAAGGAGGUGCGGGUGAAAAGAGAGUUUAAUUGAAAAGAGAGUUUAAUUGAUGCAUUUGAACAUCUGGUCAAACUAGAGGUGGAUAAAUUGGAAAAGAGACCACGUUAUAUUAAGCAAAAUUUAUCCCUCUCAGAACGUAGGGCCCUUAAAAAUCUUUUUUUUUCUUUUUUUUUUAUUUUAACAUCUAGAACAAUAAACUACAAAAAACUACAAUAGUACAAGGAGAGGGAGAGAAGGGAGAGAAAAAAAAAGAGGGGGAAGGGGGGGUGGAAAAAUGGGGAAGGCAACUCACAAACACUAAACACUACACUUCAAUGCUUUCCCUUCAUACUGCCAUAAUUAAAGAAAAUAGCUUAAUAAAGUAAUGAUGGAAUGGUUGAUCUUGCAAAAUACAAAUUACAGUUCAAAUUAAAUCUUCCCCCCCCCCCGGGCCUCGGACGCAGUUCUCUCUGAGCAGCUACAAAGGGUUUUAUGGCUUCGAUAACCGAUCUUUUCACCAGUUCCUCAAGCGACUCGCCUCUUCCCUGCAGGGCAGCCGAAAUUGACUUGCCCAAAGCAGGACUCUGCUUUUUUGCUGCCAUUUUAGGGGGGGGGGACCGCCAAUCUUCCAAGACUCUGCGAGGGGGGGGGAAAUCCGAAUCUUCUAAACUUCAGAUCCCACCACUCCUUCACAUGCGCUUGUAGUAACAGAAGGGAUUCGCUUACUUACAGGCUUCCGCCUAAUCCUGUUCUUUGCCGUUUUCCAUGGCCCGGCAGCACACAAGGUGCCACGCAUGUCUGCCGGCCUCCAUAGGGACAAACGGGCAAUUUACCCCCUGCCUCGAUCUGCCAGAGGGCUCUUCCCAUCGCGUCCCGGACCCAGACUCCCUCCCUGGGAGCCCUGGGGGCUAACCCUUGCAGAUCAGCCGCCCGGUCAGGCUGCUCGGCCGCUUCUUCUCGGACCUGCCGAGAGGAGCGUCCGACAUGGCCGUGAAAACGAAACCGAAUCGGGCCCUUAAAAAUCUUGAUGCUGACAAAUCUAUCAUCCUCAAACCUGCCGAUAAAGGUGGCGGGGUAGUUGUGCUAAAUACCACCGAUUAUGUCAAAGAAAUAGAGUCCCAGCUCAAUGAUAUCAACAAUUAUCGCCCCAUAGAAAGGGAUCCUCUCCCAGAGAUUCAGAGAAUAAUCAAAAUUGUAUUGGGUGAGGCACUUGCCAUUGGGGACUUGGAUCAGGUUAACUAUACUGAUUUGAUAAACCCCUCACCUCGUACACCCGUUUUUUAUGUCCUCCCCAAGAUCCACAAGAAUAAAUUCCCUCCCCCUGGCCGUCCUAUUGUUUCUAGGUCUAAUUCUGUUUUGGAACCUCUCUCUUUUUUUGUAGAUUUUGUGUUAUAGCCCAUUGUGCUCAAAAUGAAAACUUACAUUAAGGAUACGAUGUCGUUUAUAAAAUCCAUAGAGAGUCUCACUGUAUCGGACCAGGCAGUUCUAAUGACCAUGGAUGUAGAGUCCUUAUACACUUCAAUCCCUCAUGAAGGUUCCAGACUCGUUGUUGAAAAUGCCCUUCGUUCCAGAAGUAUUCAAACUCCCCCUACUCGAUUUAUUCUUCAACUAGUCGAUAUAAUUUUGGAAAAGAAUUAUUUUCGAUUUAAAGAGCAAUUUUUCUUUCAAUGCAAAGGAGUAGCGAUGGGCUGCCCUGCUGCGCCCAGCAUUGCAAAUUUAUACAUGGCUGAUUUGGAAGAAAAGUUUUUUCUCAAUCCAGAAAGGAAUCCUUUUUUUAAGAAGAUACUGUAUUUUGGGAGAUAUAUUGAUGAUGUCGCCAUGAUUUUGAACGAUAUUGCACACAUGGAAGGUUUGGCCCAGUGGAUGAAUUCAGUUGAUCCAAACAUAAAAUUAUCAUGGAAUUACAGCUGUGAGGAAAUCAAUUUUUUAGAUGUUUGUGUGUAUAAAACCAAAUGGGAGGUGAGGUGUUAAGCCUUAUAGAAAACCCACUGACAGGUUUGCCUACCUCCACUAUUCAUCACACCAUAACAUCCAAUUGAAAAACAACAUACCUUUUGGUCAGUUUCUGAGAUUGAGACGUAACUCGACCAUGUUUGGGGAUUAUAGCAGUGAAUGUAACCAAUUAGCCAGAGCUUUCGUCCAACAGGGUUACCCAGCAAAUGUGGUGGAACGGGCCAGGUUGCAAGUAAAUCAGGUUCCCAGGGAAACCUUGUUAACACCAACCGACAGAUCAAUUGAAGAUAGACUGACAUGGUCUAUAGAAUAUUCAUCACUGGCAUGGGGCAUUAUAAGGAUUGUUAAGAAGAAUUGGCGCAUUGUACAGAAUAUUCCAGGGUGCGAGUCUCCCCCUUUGGUGGGGUUAAGAAAGACAAAGAGUAUUAAGGAAGCAGUAGUUCAUUCCGAUUUCGUGGACAGAACACCUACCUGUAAUUUGCCCUGUGGCCAUUUUAAAUGUGGCCAUUGCAAUGUUUGUGAUCUUGCAGUGAGUGUGGAUAGUAUUACUAACCCAAGAACGGGUAGAAAAUUGUAUGCAAAUGGCUUUUCCACCUGUGCCACAUCCAACGUGGUAUAUGUAAUUUGCUGUACGUGUAAUUUAGUGUAUGUUGGAAGUACUAUCAGACCCUUGAGACUUCGCAUUCAAGAACAUUUAUCCAGAAUCAGAAACAAGUCAUUAGAAGCCCCUUUGAGCCAGCAUUUCCAGGAUAGGCAUACACAUGAUGAACGUGAAUUGCAUUUUUCUGUAUUACAGACCUUGCCCAGCAAACACUCCUCUGACACACGGAGAGCUUUGUUACGCCUGGAGACUCAGUGGAUUUUCUGUUUAAACAGUUUAUCUCCAUUUUAUAUUGUUAUAAAUCAUGUUAACUAUGUACAAAAUCAAUUGAGUUUGUAAAUGAAGUUGUAAAUGAAGUUGUAAAUGAAAUUACUGCAGAAAAUUUUGCUUUUUGAGGUGGUCACAUCCUGAUUUGUCUUUGUGUAUUAAUUUCAGAAAAGUUUUGGCUUUGGAAGAAGCAUAAUUCUUGCAAAACGGGAAAAUUGCAAGCCGGCAAGCCCGUUGCCAUCUCCCGUCGGGAGGUUUUGGUGUUAAAUUUUGACUCAAUAAUUACGCGUAUCAAGCUCCAGUGUGCUGUAUAUUUCAGUUCUAUAAUUUGGAACAUAAAAGUUGGAUUGUU